AUGACGGAGCGCAGGUUCACACUCCGGAACGAGGCCGAUGGCGACGCGUCGCAGGCGGCGCUUAGCAUCGUGCGCUUCCUGCCGCCCCCGGCCGUCGCCGACGCCAGCGCAUUCGAAGAGCGCGGCCGGGUCCAUGCAACCAUGGCCAUGUCGCUCGCCGACGAGCGAUCUUUCGCCGACGUGCUUGCGCAGUUGACGUCGCUCACGGUCGUUGCGCCGCUGCCCAAGUGGCGCGGCGUCGGCGUCGUCCACGUCGGCGACUGGGGCCCCCACGCCGUGCAGCUCUCGGCCGACCAACUGCAUGAAACGGACCAAGUGCGCCUGACGUUGUCGUGCGAUUGUACACCGGACGCUGCCACCUCACCCGACGACGAGCGCUCGACCUUGUACCGCGUGCUCUUGACGCUGCAAGAGCAGCUGCAACCCGAAGAGGCCGUGCCCGAGCGUCCGCGCCGCGUCAACAGCACGUUCGAGCGCGACAGCGACGAAGAGAAAGGCCACGAGUCGUCGCCGCCGCCGCACCACCGCACGCCGCGACGGUCCGAAUCAGCGCCCGUGUACAACGAACCACCGACGCCGCCGUUCGAGGACCUUCCCGUGACGCGCGCCCGCUCCAAUACCGUGCGGUACCUGCUCUCGAGCCGCGAGGGCUGGGGCGGCAUCGCGUUCGAGGGCUACUUGAACAAGAAGGGCGACCUCCUCGCGGCUUGGAAGUCGUGCUACUGCGUCCUCGAAGGCAAGACACUUGCCGUGUACGACACGCGCGAGGACUUUAUCGCGGACGUCGGGCUCAAAGUGCGCAUGCUGCUGCUGGCGGUGGACGAAGAGAACGGCGCCAAGGCCAACGGCUUUAGCAUCCGCACCGAGGGGCACAAGGUGCAGCACAUGGCGUCGCGCACGGCGUUUGAGCGCGAUCAAUGGAUCCGCGCCAUCAAGAUCCAGCUCGUCCAGUACACGCAGCAAGUCAGUACGAAGGGCGGUCCGAUGACGCCGACGACGCCGCACGUCGCGUUUGCGUCGCAGGCCAUCGACGUGCCCGUGUUUUACACGCUCUUGAGCAGUCUCUUGCGCGAAGAGAUUGCGGACUUUCCGAUUUUGUGCCGCAACAUCCACCCGGACAUCCUCUUGACGAGCAACUACCCGCCGAUCGUACCGUUCUGGGGCCAGUACCGGCGCUACGACGGCCUUCUCUUGUACAUCUCGGCCAUCCUCGAGACGGUCGACGUCGAGUCGUUCGAGAUGGCCGACAUUGUCGAACUCAUUCCCGAGUCGUCCGAGUGCGCGAAUUUGGACGAAGCCGCGAUUCCGUACAAGAAGCGCCUCGUUGUGACGGGCAAGGAGACGUUUUCGAUCAAAAACAUGGACCCACCCCGGAAGAUUACCCAGCUCUUUGUCCACGAGCUCUGGCUCGACUACAAGGAUCGCCUCGUGCGCUGGCACAUCAACGGCGACUCGGUCGUGCUCUCGGUCGCCUUUGACGCCUGCGAUAAGGGCAAGGGUCUCCGGCUCAUGCUGCCCGGUGAGACAAGUGCGAUCCAACAGGCCAUUCCCGCUGGUAACUUUUACGUGCAAGUGCUCAAAGCCCAGUCGCUUGGCCUCCAGGACGCUGGGGAUGCCAAGGCCACUGGUGUCUACGUGCGCUGCGUUGUCGUCGAAGGCACGCAUGUCGAGCGCACCUUUGACGGCCUCGACGGGUACCUCGCCACCAACUCGGACGUGUCGCCGUCCAAAGAGGACGGGAUGGCCAAGCCGACCAAGGCGACGCGGCUUCUCCGCGGCUUGCAGCGCGCAACGGGCACGAGCAUCGAGCGGCCGUACGCUCCGUACGGCGACAAGAGCGGGUGCGUCACGUCGAUAGCGACGCACAAGCCGCAGAAGGACGUCGAGUGGAACUCGAAUUUGCGGCUCGGAUUUCCCGGCUGUCCGCGCGGCAGCCACUAUGUGCUCAAGAUUGAGAUUUACCAAAGCCGCUUCAUGAUGAACGACGUGCUCGUGGGCGUCUGCAAGGUCAACUUGUCACCGCACAUGGCGCUCACGACCGCGUCGGCCGAGGCGAAAGCCAACGGAGCCCUCCCUCGAUGGUACAACCUCUGCGACAUUUACCACGACUGCAAAGAGUGGUGGGCCCCGCCCACGGUCUUUCGGGGUCGUCUCCAGCUCGCGAUUGUGUACGCACCGAGUCACCAACCGGGCGCGACGAUGCUGCCGUCGCCCGUUGAAACGACGGCGACCGACACGACCGAGACAUUGCGCGAAUACUUUAGUACCCAAGAGACCAAGAACAUUCCGACGCCGCCCAACCCGCAGCACCAGAGCCUCUUUGGCCUUGGUAUGCCGUCGUUGAUUCGGUUUACGUCCAACCCGCACGCGCCGCCAGAAAUGCUCCGUGACAACCACAUCGUCAUGGCCAAGAAGACGGCGUUCGACAUGCCCGUGCGCUACCAGCUCAUCAAGGUCCUCGGUUCCGGCAGCUACGGCGAGGUGAUUGCGGCGAGCGACACGGAGACGGGCGCGUCCGUCGCGAUCAAGAAGAUUCCGCAAGCGUUCCGAGAACUGCUGGACACGAAGCGCAUUUUACGGGAAAUGUGCUUGCUCCGGCAACUCAAGCACCCGCACUUGAUUCGGCUAUGGGACGCCGAUUUGCACCGCAUCAUCCACUCGACGCAGACGCUUAGUGACGAGCACGUCGCGUACCUCAUGUACCAGAUCUUCCGCGGGCUCAAGUAUCUGCACUCGGCCAACAUUGCCCACCGCGACUUGAAGCCCUCAAACGUUCUCCUUACGACGCAGUGCGAAGUCAAGCUCUGCGAUCUCGGUCUCGCGCGGUCACUCGGCACGACGGUCCGCGAGAUCCACACGGACCUGACCGAGUACGUCGUGACGCGGUGGUACCGAGCCCCCGAGGUUCUCCUCGACGGUUCUCGGUACGGCAUCUCGCUCGACAUGUGGUCAGCCGGGUGCAUCAUGGCCGAAAUGCUGGGCCGGAAGCCGCUCUUUCCCGGCUCGAGCACGAUCACGCAGCUCGGCAAGAUCUUCAACGUGCUUGGGACGCCGCCGCCGUCGUACGUCGAGAAGAUGAUCAAGCCCGCAGCAAAGAAGUGGGUCCAGCGUCAGCGGCCGCGGACCGCCAUUCCGUUUUCCGAGAUUUACCCGCAAACGAACGCGCUCGCGCUCGACUUGCUCACGAAGCUGCUCACGAUCGACCCGGAGGAGCGGAUCACGGCGUCGGAGGCGCUGCAGCACCCGUACAUUACGUCGCUCGGGCUCUUGUCCGACGACGCGGUGGACACGUUUGUCGGCGUCAUUGACGCGUCGCACGAAGACGUGCCCGAGGUCAAGGCGGCGAUGCAGGAAGCUGUGUUUGAGCAGGUGUGCAUUUUCCACCCGGAAGCGAUCGAGGCCGAGAAGCUACUGCACGCGCAAGACGUCCAGUUCCGCGUGAGUCCGCUCAGCGGCCAGUUGAAGCCCACCAAGUGGUGA